AUGGCUAAGAACCUAUCCAUGACAUCUCGUACCGGUAACGGUAAUCAACGUUACGGCUCAAAGGGCGAGAGACUGGUUGCCGGAAUUGUCCCUCUCUCCCCAGACAAGACUCAAGUCCUUCUCAUACAAUCCACGCAUCGGAACAGCUGGGUACUUCCCAAAGGUGGCUGGGAGCUAGACGAGGCUACCGCAUCCGCAGCUGCUCAGAGGGAGGCCUGGGAAGAAGCCGGAAUCAUAUGUAGGGUCGAGAAAGACCUAGGACAUAUCCCCGACACGAGACCAACGAAUGCCGUCAGCAAAAAUGCUCCAAAAGCAAGCUAUCACUUUUUCGAGGCGGUUGUCACCGAAGAAAAGUCAAAUUGGCCCGAAAAACACAAGAGAUCUCGGCAAUGGUAUGCCUAUGCUCAAGCUGUACAGCUUUUGCAGACGCGCCCGGAAUUGCUGGAAGCCCUGCGACGCAGCUCGAUGAAAAAGUAA